AAUGUCAUUCAGUUGGCCUUGAAUAUAGCGCAGUGCGCAUGGAUCGUAGCAAACAGCUGAUUUGUGUUUGGGCAGCAUAACCUACGUUUUUUACAAAACCGAAAAAAUAGCCGUGAAGUUUCUCUCUUCAUCUACCACAUUGGCGCUAAAUUUCUUUCGUUUAUUAAAAUCUGUGAAGUGUAUACGAACAAUGAGUGAAGCUGCACAUGGAACCUCGUCAUUAAAACGAAUGACGAACGCGAAGAAUGGCGAAGGAGACAAUCAGAAUGAUAUCUGGAUAUUCGGGUACGGAUCACUAGUAUGGAAGGCAGAUUUUCCGUUUGAAGAAAAGCGAACGGGCUACAUUAAAGGAUUCCUGCGACGCUUCUUUCAAAACAGUAUUGAUCAUCGUGGCACACAAGAGCGGCCAGGACGUGUGGUUACUUUGAUUCAUUCGGAAGAACCCGAAUCGAAGGUUUGGGGAAUGGGCUAUCGUAUCGGUGCCAAAGAUAAGCAACAAGUACUGAAUCAUCUCGAUCAUCGGGAGAAGAACGGAUACGAACGGCACAGCGUUAAAUUUUAUCCCUACCCUUGGAGUACGGAACAGUUGAAUGAUCCACAAUCUAUUCUGCUCUACGUAGCGACACAAGAUAAUCCAUCCUUUGCAGGACAGAGCGAUACAUUAGAUGCGAUUGCGGAACAGAUAAUCACGUCCGUUGGCCAGAGUGGCCGAAAUCCGGAAUAUGUGUACAAACUUGCGGAGGCUAUGCGUCAGCUCUACCCGGGAGAACGGGACGAUCAUCUGUUUGAGCUGGAAAAACUGCUUCUGAAGCGCGAUCCAUUAGCAAAUGUGCCACGAAAGCCGGAUCUUGCCCUGGAAGGUGAUGUCAAUCGUUCGGAGCUAAGCAAAGAAGGGUAGAAAUGAAACUUUCGGUUUUACAAAGUAGCAACUUGUGGUAAAAUGCCAAUGAUCUCUUCAAAAGGAGUGGCACAGGUAAACGCGAUGAGUAUGAGAAAAGGAUGAGAAAUUUUAUUUGAUUUAAUCAUGGUUUUUAAAACCCUAGCUUCAAUAUUAAUAUAACAUUAUUCCCGGAAUUACCUA